CAGAGUACAUAAGCCUUGAUUCAGUUUAAGAAAAUCUAACGUUUCUUGCUUGUUAAUGGAUGGUUUGUUUACAAAUGAAUAAAACUCCUCUUCCUGUUGCCUCCUCUCAAUGCAUCGACAUAGCUGCAGGUGAGAAGGACAGAGUUUCUGAGCUUGAGACCUGAGAAGAGCAGAAGAAGAGGAGGAGGAGGUACACAGGAAGUAAGGAAUACACUAAACUUGAAGAGGGCAAAGGAGGCAAUCAAGAGCAUCAAACUGAGCCGAUGUCAACUGAGCUGGCUGAGGUUGUCAGCGCUGACCUCUGACUAACACACAGACACUUGCACAAUCCUGAACAAUGCCAGCAGGAGGACAGAGGUUUUCUGACAUGGAGAUGUUAGUAGGGAUGGAGGAUGAGCAAGUGGACAAGGCCAGAGGCAGAGCUGGGAGCUGUGUGGAGUUUUACACUAUCAGGAAGAUGAAAACCUUGGCCCAGAGACGGCAGUCGGCUCCCUCGCUGGUCAUCAGCAAAGCACUUACCAGAUCCAGAAGCACAUCCAGGGAAAGCUGCCUGACGCCAGUCAGCCCAGAGUCGUGUCCGCUUGUCCAGGCCUUCCUUGCUGAAAGUCCAGGCCGCCUAUUCCUGGGUCACGCCCAAACGCAGCUAAAGACAGGCCUGCAGACCCAGGAGAGACACCUCUUCCUCUUCACGGACACACUGCUUGUUGCCAAGGCCAAGUCUCCCACUCAUUUUAAAGUGAAGGCCCAAGUCCGAGUGUGUGAGAUGUGGACUGCCAACUGCAUGGAGGAGGUGUGUGAAGGAAGCACCAACCCAGAAAGGAGUUUUGUCAUGGGCUGGCCCACCUGCAACUGUGUGGCAACCUUCAGCUCUGAGGAGCACAAGGACAAAUGGUUGGCGCUCAUCAAAAGUCGGAUAACUGAGGGAAAAGAGAAGGAUGACCCCAAGACCAUUCCACUCAAGAUAUUUGCAAAGGAUAUUGGAAAUUGUGCAUAUGCCAAGACGCUUGCUGUUAGCAACAAUGACAGCACCACUGAUGUCAUCCGCAUGGCUCUGCUGCAGUUUGGCAUAUCCGGUUGCGUUAAAGACCACCGCUUGUGGGUGAGCUCCAGUAAGGACGAUCCUCCAUACCCUCUCAUUGGUCACGAGUUUCCAUUUAGCAUCAAGAUGAGCCACAUUCGGGAUGGUGGGGGAAACAGUGGAGGACUGGGAGGAGGAGUGGGAAGGGAUCCAGUGAGUCCCACAGACUGUCCAGGGGUGCUGCUGCUGGACCAGUGUCUCCCUCCAGACACGCAGUGCCAGUUCAUCCUCAAACCCAGCAAGGUUGCCCCAGCGCAGGCUCAACUUAUAGAGCCUGGUCAGCAGAAGUCUUUUAAGAGAAAGAGGUCUCUGAUCAACUGGCCUUUCUGGAGAGGCUCCAACACACAGCUGGAUGGCCAGCCCCUGUCUCCGACCUCUCUCUCUCCCACUCAGGGACGGCUGUUCGGACGACCCCUGAGCUCCAUCUGCUCUCCAGACCACGGCCUGCCCAAGCCUGUCAUGGACAUGUUGGUGUUCCUGUACCUGGAGGGGCCCUACACCAGGGGCGUCUUCAGGCGGUCAGCUGGGGCCAAAGCCUGCCGGGAGCUUCGAGACAGACUGGACAGUGGGGCUGAGGACCCGGAGAUCUCACACCAGUCUGUGUUCAUUAUUGCUGCUGUCCUCAAGGACUUCCUACGAAAUAUCCCAGGCAGCGUGUUGUGUGUGGAUCUGUAUGACCAGUGGAUGGAUGCGAUGGAGGGGGAAGGAGGGAAAGAGAGGACACAAGCUAUCCAGAGGUUGCUCCACCUCCUGCCGAGUGACAACCUGCUUCUGCUGCGACAUGUGAUUGCCAUACUGCACUGUAUCCAAGGCAACGCCCAUGACAACCAAAUGAAUGCCUUCAACCUGUCUGUCUGCAUCGCUCCCAGCAUGCUUUGGGCUCCGGCGCCAACCACCCCCGAGAUGGAGGGGGAGAGCACCAAGAAGGUGUGUGAGCUGGUCCACUUCCUCAUAGAGAACUGCAGCAGCGUCCUGGGAGAAGACAUCACCUUGCUGUUCAGAAACUUCAGCCAGAAGAGCAACAACAGUGACCAUGGAUCAGAUGUGUCGUCCUUCCAGAUGAAUGACUCGUCCUAUGACAGUCUGGAGAAUGAGCUGAAUGAUGACCCUGAGUCUCCCUACCAGGAGCAGCUGCCUCUCCGUGACAAAGACAAGCCGGACAGCCGCAGCCGUGACUCCGUCAUUACUCUCAGUGACUGCGACCCUGAUCCCGACCCUGAGGCCAACCUCCUACUGCAGCUCCCCCCGCUGGCCAGACCAAGGAGGUUCAGUCCUGCAGUUCGACAGCCCCGCACCCGCCAGGCCAAUGGCCUGUUGCAGGGUCCCAGGAGGCUGAGGAGGAGUUCGGAGCCUGCCUUGGCCCUAGCAAGCACACCACCGCCAGGCACAGUGACAGCUCAUGCUAACCAUCACCUGCCAGUAAGGAAAGCAAGUUAUGAUGCUGCCAUGGAAGGGGAAGGAGAGGAGGAUGAGGAUGAGGUGUUUCUGGAGCAGGGGCUGAAUGGGCUACAGCUGAAGGAAGAGGGAGAGAGUGGAUGUGAGAAGGGAGGAGCCAAAGUCCAGAGUGGUGGGUGGAGGAAGGUAAAGCAUGCCCCUCCACCUCCAUUGCGACUAGAUGCCAGCUGUUCCAGUCUGUCAUCACCAGCAACCUCACCCACAGGUUCCUCCCUCAGCUCUUUAGACUCCGCCUUCUCACAGUAUUCUACUGACUAUGCCACCAAUGGAGUGAUGCCAUUGGCUGAACCAGCUCCUCUCUCCCCUCUCUAUCCUGGACGGCCACAGCUGUCACCCAGGGGCUCCCCACCUCAGAGGGAAGCCACGCCUCAUUUUCCACAGCCCACUCAGCCCCCACGGACCAGCCAAACCACCUCCCAUCCCCAUGGCCUCCAUCCUAACACAUGGCUCAAGAGAGACCGCCGCCUGUCACUAAAGCAGCCUGAUAAUGGACACACAGAAGAGGACUUGCCUGUGGUAAAUGGGAAAAUCCACCCAACCAGUAAUGGCUACUCUGUCGGUGCCCAGGAGACUGUGGUCAUGAACGAAACUGCCAACUGGAGAUCCAGCAGCCCUCCGUCCUACCAGCAGGCUCUGCUGCAGCUGCAGCACAGCCGCUCCCCUUUCUACAAAGGGACAGAGAAACCCCUGACAGUCAGAGAGCUGAGGCAGCUCCACGACCAGACCUGUACCUACAGACCCCCAAUCUCAGCCUCUCAUAACAACCCCAAACCACCCACUGGAAGUGAAGUCACACAAACGCUGGCUGGAAAUGAGUGUGUGCAGCCCCCACAGGGUGUUUUCUAUGGACAGAGCUCCACCACUCUGGUCCUCCAGAGGCAAAAGUCUCACUCUCUAACUCCGGCCAUAGAGGGACACAGAGGGAGAAAGACCCUUCCCCUCCCUCGCAGAGCAUCUGAACCUUCCAAAGUCACUGCAAACUCUAACCUCUCCUCCAGCCACACCCUGGACAGACAUCGCAUUUCUAAGGGUCAGACCAAAGAUGGUGGCCUGAGGGUGUCAGAUGUGGAGCCCAACCACGCUGAACCACGCUUCUGUCUCUCUCCCUCUGCCACCAGGGCUGUAAGGGACUACUUUUCCUCACAGGAUCAGGAGGAUGCAGACGCCUGCUUGCGGAGGAGUCAGGAGGUGGCUCUAGCUAUUGUCCAGGGGAAGAGGGAGUGGCAGAGCAGGCGGUGCAGUGACCCACGAGUGGACGACUUUGAACAGCUUUUUUUUGCAGAAGAGUCUUACGUGUAAAUAUGAACAUUGUACAGGCAAACUGUGUAUGAGAGACUGAUAUGUUCACCUGUAUACAACUGUUGUCAUUACUGAUGUGAUUUUAUUUCUCCAUAGACACCUUUUUCCUUCUGGCAGCAGUAGUUAGCCCAAUACAGAAAGGUGUUGCAGUUUACUGUAAUGGUACAUCCAAGGUUUAAAAUUGUAAAAGGUACAGAUGCUCUUCCUGUUUCAGUGGUUCUUCUUAUGGGCAUAAUCUGCAUAUUGUGACUGGCAGACAGUACACUGAAAAGUUUGAAGUUGUUGGUUAUAAUCAAUAAUAUACUACAAAAGAAGUUUAAAAGUGUUUCCAUGUAUAUGACAAUGACAUAACCUUAUAGCAUUACAGAUGGGAUCCUCAAAAAAUAUUAGUAUUGCAUGAUUCAGUGAUUUGUUACAGCAAAGAUGUAAAUACACAGCCUGUACAUCUGGAUCUGUAAACAGUCAUUAAAGCUGCCUUUAAAAUGGCAAAUGGCAAUGUCAGCAUUACAGCCCUCUAAAAAAUAUUUUUUAUCUGGCAGUGGGUCCUUGUUUUACCAUCAGAAUGUUUUGUUGCUGCACAUGAAGAAAUAAUGAAGGAAGAAGAGAUAUUCAGAAAUGAAAAAGAAAGGACAAGGAAGUCUUAUCUCAAAAGUUCUUAGUCAAUGACACAUUUUUGUAGUCAGCUUUAAGAGUGAAAAUGUUUUAUAUAUUGUAGUUAAACUAAAUUUAUAUUAACAUUAGUGAAGUUCACAAGUAUGCUAAUGAACAGAAACAUACCAGGGACACAAGCAGGGGUAACAGGCAUUUUAGGGGCUACAAAAGUUGGCACAACAACUGUUUGCAAUGCUGCUCUUUGUAGCAGUAAAGACAACAAUAUGGUCAAGAUGACUGCUAUGACCUAAAACAAAUACUAUGAGCAUGCCUUCAGUUCUAUCUGCAACACCUGUGAUGUUUGCUGUAGUGCCAGAGGAGGAAAUGACAGAUGUCCCCACUGUAAAUACUUGUAACUUAAGAAAACAAUACAUCUUACCACCUAUUUUUAUGGAGAUUGUACCUUUUAUGACCUGUUGCAUCUGUUAAGUGAGCUAUUACUCUCCAGUGAAGUGUUUAUCCAUCUGAAUCAGUGAAUCAAUAGGGCCGGUAUUUAUUCAUAUGAGCCGAGUUUCUAGACACACAGCACAGUGUUGUACUCUGUAGCUCUGGUUUAUAUCUCUGUGACCUGGGAGGGAUAGGAGGUGGGGUAAGAAGAAAAACUGUUGUUCUGCAUGUAUGCUUGUGUGAAAGAAAGUCAGAGUGCUGCUGAAUAUAAUGUGAUCAUUGACAGCCAGUCCUGGGCAGGAAUGUGAGAAAGAUGUGCCACUGAGAGAGAAAUCUCCUUUAUUCUUGCUUUUAUAGCACUUCAUUCAAACCCUUUUAGUCUCUCAAGAAUGUCAAGGACGCAGCCUGUUGUGUGUGCGUGUGUGUGUGUGUAUGUGUGCGUGUGUGUCUGUGGGUGUGCUGAGUUGAAUGCAACAUUGAAAAACAGUUUUGCCAGCUGUUGUAUGUUUAUCCAUAAUAAUAUUAUUUUUGUUUCAGUGUUCAUGUCAUUGCAGUGCUGAUUUCUUAGGUGACACUUUACAAUAAAUGACCUUAUUUCACUGUGCAUUAAUGUACUGCAAAGUAUGUAAAUACAUACCCGUAGAUAAUAUAUUCUUAGCAAAAUCUAAGAGCAGUUUCGCUGAGUAUUAACACAGUGUUAUUAUGAAUUUAAUUUCUCCACAGGUUCACACACUGGAAUAAGGCCAUUGUCAUGUUGGGUGUUGCCAUUUUAAUUGUCUCAAAAUGUACUUUAUCCUGUAUUAUUAAUAUUGUAGUUCUUAUCUCCAUUACAGUGAAUUGUGUUCAACGUGCAUAGCUCUGCAUAUUUAUGAUACAGAAAUAUAUAAAUAUAUAUAAAUAUAUUAUCUUAUUCCUUUGGUAUUGUUGUGUGAGAAAAUCAUGUGUAUUUUUGUACAUGCCAAUUCUGCUGCUGCUGUCUCUAUAGAAAGUAUAUUUGCUACAAAAUGCACCAUUUGUAUAUUGUGUACAUCUGAUGUCCAUUGCUCACGAGAACAAAACAUUGAUUUUAAUAAAUGUUGCUCUUGUGAAAUUA